UCUCCAAAUAAGACUCUUGCCUCCCAAGUGUCGUACCAAUUCAAACUACCAAUUAAUCCUCCAUGGCUACCCUCGAAGCAACACGCUGCAGAGGCGGCGUUGCUGCUUUUUUCAUAUUAUUGUUAACGACGACGUUGUCGGUUGGCGUCGCCGGGAACUUCAACGACGAGAUUGGUUUUAAUUGGGGGCAAGACCACGGCAAAAUACUCGAAAACGGGCAGCUUUUAACGUUGUCCCUGGACAGGGCUUACGGCUCCGGUUUCAGGUCAAAAAAUCAGUAUAUGUUCGGGAAGAUUGAUAUGAAGAUCAAACUUGUGCCCGGCAACUCUGCCGGCACUGUGACAACAUACUACCUGUCUUCAUUGGGAUCAACGCAUGAUGAGAUUGACUUUGAGUUCCUUGGGAACUUAAGUGGUGAUCCCUAUGUUCUACAUACAAAUGUGUUCGCACAGGGGAAGGGCGGUAGAGAACAGCAGUUUUACCUUUGGUUUGACCCCACCAAGGACUUCCAUACCUACUCCAUCUUAUGGAACCCACUAAGCAUCAUAUUUUCAGUGGAUGGGACACCAAUUAGACAAUUUAAGAACAUGGAAGCAAGUGGGAUCCCAUUUCCAAAGGACCAACCAAUGUGGAUGUACUCAAGCCUGUGGGAUGCAGAAGACUGGGCAACAAGAGGAGGGCAAGUGAAGACAGACUGGAGCCAGGCACCCUUCAUUGCCUCAUACAGGAAUUACAGUGCCCAAGCCUGCGUUUGGGGCUCUGCAGCUUCAACUUCUUCUUGCACCAAAAACCCCUCUGCCAAUCCAUGGCUUUCCCAAUCACUAGACAUCUCUGGCCAACAAAGGAUCAAAUGGGUGCAGAAGAAUUACAUGAUUUACAACUAUUGCACUGAUGCCAAACGCUUCCCACAAGGAUUCCCACCUGAAUGCUCUCUCAACUAAUAAAUAAUAAUAAUCAUUAUUAUAUUAUGAUGUUUGUAAUCAUAUAUAUCUCUUUUCUUGUUUUUCAAUCUUGUUAUGCAUGCAUGUAAGUAGAAAUUUAAGGUUUUUAUUCUAUUA